AAUAUUAUUUAUUUGGUAUAUAAAAUCAACUAAUUGAUUUAAUAUAUUAAAGUCAAUAUUUAAUUUAUUGACAAAAUAUUCUAAUUAAUGGUCAACAUUGUUUGUUACCUGAUUUGUUGUUACCCGAUUUUUCAUAUCCCAACUGAUUGAGGAAAUAUCUCAAUCUGUGGCAGAGACUCUGAUGGUAGGUCUCACUCUAUAAAUAUAGAGUACCGGUCCCCAAGCUCGCUACUCAUUCUGACUUUCAGUAACUCCAUCUAAAAGAGUUAGUGAGAGCUUGGAAGCCCGUGUACUCGUUCUAAUUUCUGUUCUUUUCUUUUGUAGAUCUAAAGCUAGAUCGAGGUUAUCAAUAGCAAUGGCUGGAGCUUCUUCAUCAUCCUCUAGUUUUGCUGAAAUCCUUACCGAAAUUCCUGAGCUUAGGGGUGAUAAUUUCAAAAUCUGGAAGGAACGAGUUCUUCUUCAUUUAGGCUGCGCCGACAUGGACUACGCAAUAAGGAAGGACGAACCUGCUGCAAUCACUGCGACUAGCAUUGCUGCUCAGAUCGCACUAUAUGAGAAAUGGGAGCGGUCCAAUCGCCUCAGCAUCAUGUUCAUCAUGUCCAAGAUCCCUCUGGGAAUGCGUGGAUCGGUGGAGCAACCUGAGAAAGUCAAAGACUUGAUCAAACUGAUCGAUGAGCAGUUCGACACUUCGGACAAACCACUUUACAACAACCUCAUCCACCAGUUCUCAUCCACAAAACUCACCGGUGUCAAAGGAGUUAGAGAACAUAUUUCAAAGAUGAGGGACAUUUCUGCUCAACUGAAGAAACUCGAUGUAGUCAUUCCUGAAACCUUCCUGGUCCACUACAUCCUUAACCAUCUUCCACCUCAAUAUGGGCCUUUCAAAAUUUCCUACAACACACAUAAGGACAAAUGGACUAUCAAUGAACUGAUAACCAUGUGUGCUCAAGAAGAAGCAAGGCUCCUGCAGGAACAAGGUGAAAGUGCUCACAUGGCCACCCAAGGCAAGAAACGCAAACCAUCCAAGAAGGACAAGGGGAAAAAUAAAGUGCCUCCCCAAGGCGAUAUAAAGAAGGAUUCCAUCAAAUGUUUUUUCUGCAAAAAGAAGGGACAUGCGAAAAAGGAAUGCGCCAAGUUCAAGAAAUGGAUGGACGACAAAGGGUUUACAAAACCUAAGGAAGCCAGUGGGAAGUGAGCAAAGCAUCUUAUCUGGAAACAAGAUGGGCUCACAUGUGGAGGCUAUAGGAACGUGCCAUUUAGUUUUAAGUAGCGGUUUUGUUUUAAAGUUAGAAAAGACAUUUUAUGUACCAAGUUUCUCUAGAAACUUGAUUUCCGUUUCAAGACUUGUACCUUUUGGUUUUUCCUUUACAUUUUCAGACAAAUCUUUUAAUUUAUAUAAUAAAUCUGAAUGUGUUGGAAAUGGUAUUUUGUCUGAUGG